AUGCCCGGUAUCGCGGCACAAGCCGACGUUGAUGAGCUCAAGGGCCUCUUCUGGCACGGCUCCGUCGCUCUCCCGGGCGAAAAGGAGUACGUGGCCGCGUGCCACACGUUCAGCGUGCCGUAUGGGAAGGGGAAGCCGGCUCCUGAGGUCGCCGUCCGCCCCAGGGACAUCAAGGAGGUCUGCGACACGGUCACUUGGUCGAGGAAGCACGGCAAGACCGUGAGCGUCAAGGGCGCGGGCCACGGCAUCCACAUGCAGGCCCUGCGCGGCGACGUGUUGAUCGACUUGAGCCACUUCAAGUACUGCAGUGUCGACCCCAAGGCGCAGACGGCCGUCGUCGGCGGCGGCUGCGACCUCGGAGACAUCGACCGCGCCACCGGCGCCUUCGGCCUCUCGCUCCCGCUCGGGACGGCGCCGGUGACGGGCAUGGGUCUCGCGCUGCACGGCGGCGUGGGGUUCCUCUCGAACAAGUUCGGCCCCACGUGCGAGCACAUCGUUGGCGCUACGAUCGUGGACGCGGACGGGCGCGUGAUCCACGUCGAUGAGGACGACGACGCGCACGCGGACCUCCUGUGGGCCCUGCGAGGCACGGGGUCGUUUUACGGCGUGGUCUGCGAGGUCAAGUUCCAGCUGCACCGCGUGCGCCCGUGGGGCGGUCUGAUUGUCGUACCUGACGUGGACGGCAACCUGGACCGCCUGAAGCCCGUGGUGAAGAUGAUGCUCGAGAUGCGCGAGCGCGAGGACGACGUGACGUUGAUGCUGUUCGUCGGCGUCGACCCCGAGAAGGGGCGCGCGAUUCAGGUCUGUCUUGCUGACGUCAGCGACCGGUCCGACGCCGAGAACAAGGAGAGGUAUGAAGCGCUGACGGCGAUGGCCGUCGACGGCGGGUUCAAGAGGCAGCCGAUGGCCGACAUCCAGAACGUCCUCAUGCCCGUUCUCUCGAAGCUGCCGCCGCUUCACCAGUACUGGGGGUGCACGUCGCUGCCGCACCACAAGAUGGCGGCGCUGGCUGAGACAGGCGUGGACCACUUCGUGGAGACCGUGGACGCGGAGCUGAAGGCCAUCGACUUCGCGCAGGCGCCGGUCACGCUCUUCAUCAUCGAGGUCCACGUCGACUACGCGGCAACCGGCAAACGCGUCACCGGCCCGCACAACUUGGGCGCGCAGGGCCUCGCGACAGUGUCGCUCCUGGGCUCGCCCGUGGAGGAGCACGGCCAGUACUGCCAGGCCCAGGCGCGCAAGUUCAAGAAGGCUCUCGAGGACAAGUGUGCGUUCGGCAACUCUGACUACGCGAACUAUGCGGAGAUCGAUGGCCUGGCUGGCAGGGCGCGCGCUGAGGCGCGGGUCGGGGGCCACGCGAACGCGGAGCGCGUGCGGGCGGUGAAGAAGAAGUAUGACCCGGACAACGUGUUCCGCUUCACGCCGCACAGCGCGCUGCUGGAGUGA